UCACCCCAGUGUUUUCCAGUUCAAAAGCCCUCCUUGAAAGCUCUUUCUCUCUCUCCCCUUGCACACUACUCCCCAGAUUUCUUUGGAAUUUCCCAAAAACCCCAAAAAGAAAGAAAGAAAUGUGAAAACCUUUUCAAAUUACAGCUACAGACACCCCUCCCCGAAUUUUGCAUUAGUAGCAGCUCUCCUCCUCCAUUACCUCUAAAGCUCCUCCACAGCUCUCUCUCUCUCUUAGCUUUCUAGACCGGAAAUCCUAUCUGGGUCUCGAACCUUUUCGGAUUCGGACCCCCGGGUUGACCAUGGAGUCCGGCGCUGCUCCGGCUAGUGACCACAACAUCAGAGGGGUGCCGACCCACGGCGGACGCUACGUUCAGUACAAUGUGUAUGGCAACCUCUUUGAAGUUUCCAGGAAGUAUGUCCCGCCCAUUAGGCCCGUCGGCAGAGGGGCUUAUGGUAUCGUCUGUGCUGCUGUCAACGCUGAGACUCGUGAGGAGGUUGCCAUUAAGAAGAUUGGUAAUGCAUUUGACAACAGAAUAGAUGCCAAAAGGAUUUUACGAGAAAUUAAACUUCUUCAGCACAUGGAUCAUGAAAAUGUUAUUGCCAUCAAAGACAUCAUACGGCCUCCACAGAAGGAGAACUUCAAUGAUGUCUACAUUAUUUAUGAAUUAAUGGACACUGAUCUUCAUCAGAUUAUACGGUCCAACCAACCAUUAAAUGAUGAUCAUUGUCGGUACUUUCUGUACCAGUUGUUACGAGGGCUCAAAUAUGUACAUUCAGCAGGUGUUUUACAUCGUGAUUUAAAGCCCAGCAAUUUGCUCAUGAAUGCAAAUUGUGACCUUAAGAUUGGAGAUUUUGGUCUCGCAAGGACAACAUCCGAAACUGAUUUCAUGACUGAGUAUGUUGUUACUCGUUGGUACCGUGCACCUGAAUUGCUGCUUAAUUGUUCGGAGUACACUGCAGCAAUCGAUAUAUGGUCUGUAGGUUGCAUUCUAGGUGAAAUCAUGAACAGAAAACCCCUAUUCCCUGGCAAAGAUUAUGUACAUCAGCUGAGACUCAUAACAGAGCUCUUAGGCUCACCUGAUGACUCCAGCCUUGGAUUUUUACGAAGUGAUAAUGCUCGAAGAUAUGUUCGACAACUACCUCAGUACCCAAAGCGGAGCUUCUCUCUUGGGUUUCCUGAUAUGUCUCCUAGCGCUAUAGAUUUGCUAGAGAAGAUGCUUAUCUUUGACCCAAACAGGCGUAUUACAGUUGAUGAGGCUCUUUGCCACCCAUACUUGGCGCCUCUUCAUGAUAUAAACGAGGAGCCUGUCUGCCCAAUGCCUUUCAAUUUUGAUUUUGAGCAACCCUCGUUUACUGAAGAGAAUAUCAAGGAGCUCAUCUGGAGAGAGUCCGUAAGGUUCAAUCCGGAUCCAUUCAAUGAGGGUCAUCGUAUAAUCUGUCGUAUGCUCUUAGAAAGUAAUCUCAAAACGGAUUACAAUCAUAUUCUACAUAGAACCCACUGGAUCCUCCAGGAGAAUGAAAUUAUAAAAACUUUGCUGGACCAAUCGGGAUUUCCUGAGAAAUCGCCCUGAAAUGUCAUUCAUUCAACAUUAACACGUAUUUGGAUGUCUGUAUCUGUUAAAUGUGUGAAAGGGAUUCUAAUAUGUGAGUCUCUAGAGCUCCAAUCCCUCAGUGGUGCAGGUUCGUGCUGGUUAGCGGCUUAUAAUCCGAUGAGGACUAUCACUGGCCAGCACCGAUGUAAGAUCCGAUAGUGUUGCAGUUGUAUCUGUUUAGAAUGGUAGUCCAAGUGUGAACAGUUGCUUUUUGUCAUGAAAACCCUUGACUCUCUGUAUAUUAUGCGUUUCGCCUUCGGGCUUCUUUCCACUGUUAGGACUCCUACGAGACAAAUUCCCGCUUAGUUUCGUUGUGAAAAUCAAUAAAAUGCCUUGCUUAGAAA